AUGGCCCACCCUUACGAGCCCUGGCUACGGACAACACCGUCAAGUGGAAACUCCGAUGAGAUGAACAUCUCUUCCUGGUGGGACCUUCACCGUGACGUGCAAGCAGGGAGCUGGAUAGAUCUGCAGACAGGUCAAGGUGUCGGCUUGCCUUCAGUGAGUCAAGGGAGCUCCAUGGGACUGCAGCCCUCCUUAGGACCUUAUGGUUCUGACCCACAGCUGUGCACGUUGCCCCCUGUUCAGCAUGCUCCGGCCUCACACUCGUCACACCUCUUCCCUCAAGAUGGCUUUAAGAUGGAGCCACUGGGCCCUGACAUGCUACAGCAGGAAACCUUCUCCUUGGAUGAACCUCAGGAGACCUCGGUGUCUGCUCGGCCCAAGCCUCAGCGCCGCUCCUCCUCUCGUGGUGGUGGCCAAGCUGUGUGCCGCUGCCCUAACUGCAUCCACGCCGAGCAAAUGGGCCAAAGCACCGAAGACAGCAGGAGGAAACACAUGCACAACUGUCACAUCCCCGGCUGUGGUAAAGCUUAUGCCAAAACCUCCCACCUGAAGGCUCACCUGCGCUGGCACAGCGGCGACCGGCCAUUUGUCUGCAACUGGCUCUUCUGUGGCAAGAGGUUCACACGCUCUGAUGAACUGCAGCGCCACUUACAGACACACACAGGAGCAAAGAAGUUUAGCUGCGCAUUAUGUCCCAGAGUGUUCAUGCGUAACGACCACCUGGCUAAGCACAUGCGUACUCACGAGUCCCCACCAGGACAUGGGGACGAGAGGGUCAACGGAGAUGGAAGGAUGGAGAAAGGCUUUGAAGAAGUCACACCUCCACAGUCAUCCUCCAACUUGCCUGACACCACCGAGCCUCCACUGAAGCUAAAAUGUGAGACAGAACCAUCCGUCUCCAGUGUAACAGGGCAGUCCGGCUAG